ACACGCAGUCUCGCGUCAGCGGCUCUCUUGAUGGAUGUUGCCGUCUACCUUUUGUCGCCGGUUCCCUGCUUAGUUCGAGCUGCGUAGCUCGCUGUUGUGACGCGUACGAGCGCGAGGGGAUCCUUAAAGAGUCACGCGCAAAACAGAGACGCCGGUCUUUUUUGCUUGUCGCGCACGGAGUCGUUCAGCGUUUGACUGCUGCUGCUUCUGUAGCAUCGUGUCAUUAUCGGCAUUAAGUUUGAGUUUUCUGGGCUCUGUGUAUUUUCAACUUCGGAGGACAAAGGACUCAUCGACUACGGUGGAAGUGACGAAGGGUUCUGCGCCUUCGCAUGAGAUGGCAACCGGCUUCGUCAUUCCUAUUGCAAUGAGCUCCAGCAGGAAUUCAACGGCCACUCCGAAGUCCCAGUCCGUGCGCUGUGAUCUGCAGCCGCCCAAGUUGCCAGGCAACAGCGAGAAAGAACAAGAUGGAAACCAAACGCAGACUACCGAUGCAAAAGCCCCGGGCGUCUCGAGCCAGUCUGCGGCCGGAGCCAAAGCCACUAACGGUGGUUUUCUUCCAGUCCUCCUGGCGGCGUGCAUCGCCUCCCUGGGUGGCAUCCUCUUCGGAUACGACUCCGGGAUAAUAUCUGGAGCUCUGCUGCAAAUCCGGGAGAUCUUCGACCUGUCCUGCGUCGUCCAGCAGCUGGUGGUGGGAAGCCUGUUUCUGAGCGCGUUCAUAUCCUCGUUUUUCGGAGGUGUCCUGGUCGACAACCUGGGGCGCAAGAGGGCACUCCUGCUGGCCAGCGCCCUCUUCUUGAGCGGAUCGGCGCUGCAGAGCCUGAGCACGGGCCUCGCCAUGUUCGUCACGGGACGAUUCAUCACCGGCUUUGCCGUCUCGCUGUCGACCACGGCGCAGUGCACAUACAUCGCCGAGAUAUCGCCUGCGGUGCAUCGUGGCCUGCUCAUGUCCCUGAACGAAGUGGGCAUCACCGUCGGCUUCUUGAUGGCCUACACAGUCAACUACUCCUUCAUCUCCUACGAGAAUGGCUGGCAGCUCAUGUUCGCCGUCGCCACGUGCCCGGCCCUGCUGGAAAUGCUGGGGACGCUGUUCUUGCCACAGAGCCCACACUUCCUCGUGCUCAAGGGACGCCACGAUGAGGCUCGAAAGGUGCUCAACGUUAUCCACGGGGAGAACGCUGCCUCCCAGGAGCUGAGUCGCAUGCAGAAAUCGCUGCUGGAAGAACAGAAUUACCGCUAUCGAGACCUCUUCACGCCUGGGAUGAGAGGAAGGAUGCUGGUCGGCGUUGGUCUCGUCAUUCUACAACAGUGCACCGGGCAAACGAACGUUAUCUACUACGCCCCUACUCUGCUCAAGCAUCUGGGUUUCUGCACCAACGUUGCUGCCACCCUCGCUUCCGUGGGACUCGGAGCCGUCAAGGUUGGCGCAGCGCUCUUCGCCCUUCUGGUCCUGGACCGGCUGGGCCGUCGCGUCUGUCUCUGCGCCGGAGUGAUCCUCAUGGCUAUAAGCAUCUUCGCCCUGGGAAUGCUCGCAAAGUACUCCUACGGGGGCUCGGGCCACAGCAUUGCGCUGCGCUGCCGCGACAGGCCUAGCGUCUUCAAUGCUUCCGCGACUCACUACUCCCACAUGACUCCCCCUGGCUACGACACCGGGGUGACAACCACUCGCAUUCCGGCCCCGAUGUUGUUCCGCAAUUCCGACGUGCCCUCCUCUCCGAACCAACGGCACAGGAGGGAGAGCGACGCCUUUUCCUCGGACUCGGCCGGUUUAGAUUCGUCGCCGGGGCUUUCGAUUCCUCCCCCGAUGUCCGACCAGAUGAUCUCAAGCGGAGCUGGGCUGAUGGACGUCGGCUACACUCCGGGACGGCCUUCAGGAGGGGUCGCGGCAUCUUCGCAGUCCCGGAGUUUCGACCGCGCCGGAGACGUCGCCGCUAAGUCGAGUCCCGAGUCCGAGGAGAGCCGAGGGAAGAUUGAGCUGACAAGAGACGAAGGAGCAGUGGGCGAAAACCAGUCGCUGGAGAUGCAGCAUGGAGACAACGGAGACGAAGGUAUCGGCGAAGAGCCGCUCAUCGAGUUGCUGGCAAACUCGACAGGGACUAAGACGAUACCGACGGCUACGUCGUACAUGGUCGCAAACUCUUACGCACCGGACCACGUUAGAGUGGGAAAGCUUUCGUACAUGCCGGAAACUGCUGCCGCUUCGCCAUCGCAGCAGCGCUCGCCAUCGACGUCAUCGCACGCGGUCGCUGGCGACCAGCAUCCCCGCUCGGAGGCGACUGAAAGACACGUCGCUGGCCGCACUUCUGUGGUCGCCGCGGCGGAAGAGUCUCAGUGUUCCGGUAUUCCUCAAGGCUCGGCUUUCCAGAGGGCGCUCACGCUUACCGCCCUCAUGUGCUACGUGUUCGCCUACGGAGUCAGCUUCGGGACCACUACCUGGCUGAUACUCAGCGAGAUCUUCCCAGCAGCCGUCAGAGGCCGAGCCAUAUCAGUGGCAACCUCCGCAAACUGGGCGGCCAACAUGUGUGUGUCUGCCUCGUUCCUCACAGUGCUAGACAACCUGGGCGUCGGUGACACGCUGCUGAUGUACUCAGGCGUGUGCGUGCUGGCACUGUGCUUCAUAUUCCUGUGCGUGCCGGAGACCAAGCACAAGACACUCGAAGAGAUCACCGCGGAACUUGAUCAAGGGCUGAUCCGGUGGCGGACAAUUCUUCCGACACGGUGGGGACGUGCCUCGGACUACACGUUACGCGGGCCGGCCUGAAGCGCGCGACAGGCAACGAAAUGCAGGCAACGAAAUGGAGAACAUUGCGGUGGUGCGGUAUCGGUGAAAACUGAGUGUGCGCCGUGCGAAGACCAACGAAGACGUGCUACAGUGACUGUGCGGCCCUUGCGCGUCGCGGCAUGACGCAGUGCAUCGCGCGCAACCGCUGCCAAAGGACAGUGCACGUUCGUUCGUGCUGCGUAAUGAUCACGUGACUGCGGAGCUACGCUGCAGUGCCGUGCGCAAGCAGACGUGUCGUCGAGAUCCUGACGUCUUUUUCGGGCAGCGCGAAAUCGGCCUGGUGACAGAACUUGGACACGGACCACUGUCGGCUGCUGAUGUUAUUUUUUUGUUUUAGCUCUUUUUUGGUGGCCGUUAGUCGGCGAGUGCGCACCGCAGCUUGGUACUGGCAGUGUAUGAUGCAGACGGAGUUGCACGUGCUCAAGUCACAAAUGUGUUUAUUAUCAAACUGUCGAAAACAAUCUUUUCGUGGUGCCUAGAUCAAGCGGCUACUAGUGAAAAUUGCCGUGCAGGGCGAAUUUAAUAUGGCCCGAUGACUCUCCAUGUGAAGUUGUACCCGACUGUGGGCAGGGUCAUCGAUACUCGCCACGUUGUUCAGUCAGACCACCGAACUUUAUGAAAUGCGAACUCUUUUGCUGCGACUACCUGUUAAGGUUAACAAAAUUGCACGCUUUCUUGAAAGAGCAACCCACGAACACUCACCCGGUCGGCGUCCUUCCGUGUGAUGGUCGUGUGGGGCCCGCACUUGACUUUCGUACAGUAAACCGCGCAACAGUACGCAUAGUACAAACAACGUACACUCAGCACUUUGUCCGUCCUUUUGUCCUUGCCUCGGUAGUUACGCUGUGGUUCAUCACGUUACACUACCGCGAAGCAUUCAACACUUCUGGGCAGAGGCAGAAACGAGUGUUCCGACACAACCAGGAAAUGCUGCCCUUGUCACGUGACACCCAGAGAAAAAGAAUGCGUAGUCUUUUAACUCUUUUGAUCGUUACUGCAGAUGGAUUGCACUGACUUCACUGAAGCCGCUAUGUUGUUGUACGAGCACGGCGGGAAGCUAUGUUUAUGACGUCACAUGAAGGUUAUCAGUGCACUGCGCGCAGUUUCCCUCAUUGUUCUAUCACAGAUGACUAUGGUUUUUUUAACCGCGCCUUUGUGACGUUGAAGCCGGUUAUUUGCAGCAAUGAAGAUGCCGGUUUGGAGUCAUCUUAUCCACAAUGCUUUACUACCAGUGCGUUAAGAAGCUGCCCGCCCAUGACGUCAAGACGCCGGGUGACAACUCGGUGCGCCAUCUGACCAUCAGCGCCAUGUCGCUCACAUAUAUAUCGCCUUGCUGAAGGCACGUGUGGAUUCGUAAAGAAAUCGCUUUUUUUUUCCUUGUUUAGUUUAUAAGUUUUCUUAUUUGUCCAUAAUGGAACAACGAAAACGAAACAGCCGGCAUGAGAAACUAAAGAGCUAGCAGAACGCGCACUCAGUUCCGACCAUUUUAAGUGCAUUCAGCUCGUCUGGUGAAUAUUGUCUUCUAUUGUGCACUUAUCUUGCCCUUUGAUUGGGGCUGGCAGCUUUAGCGGCGUCUUCUCUGGCGGCUCACACAAUAUAUACGGCAUCACACCUGUCAAUCAUGGCUUAUGACUCAGUGUUCUCUUUUUAAAGCCCCUGAACUUUUCACUGAACUUUUCCGAAAGC